AUGAUAGACCUUUUCGGAACCUACUCGGUUCGUGGAGAAGUACAGAAAAGAACAAGUGGUAAAGCGUACGGAGUAAUUUUCACAGAUCUAGUUAUGAGAGCAGUCCACGUUGAGGCUGUGUUCGGGUACGACACCGAAUCAUUCCUAAUGGCCCUCAGCAGAUUCGUCAGUGUUCGUGGUUGGCCCGAAAUCGUAUAUAGUGAUCCCGGAUCACAACUAAUUGCUGCGGAAAGAGAAAUCGCGGAAACCUGGAAGAGCAUUGACCGACAAUCCCUACAUAAAAGUGGCACAGAGAAUCGAUUGACCUGGAUCCUGGGCCCUGCUGAUAGUCCUUGGUACCAAGGAGCUGUGGAAUCCCUGGUGAAGAGUGCCAAGAUCUAG